AUGCCAUCAUUCGCCGUGACGAUUCAAGACUAUUCACCAUUGGUUUCCUACGAUGAAAACUGGAGAGCAGGAAAUAGCCGUGACAGUUACUUGGAUAGGCGAGUUUUAUCUCGACAAUCUGCUAAAUUAUCUCUCACAGUUGCGAAUAGAUAUUCUGAUAAUUCGAUGAUGGUAACAAACGUCACCGGCGCAUCUGCCACCUUCUGGUUUAACGGGACUGGCGUGAGCAUAUAUGGUGCUAAGCGUAGCAAUCAUGGUUCAUACCAAGUUACCCUCGAUGGAACGUCAUUUCCAGCCGAGAGCGGCUAUGAUAGCACGGGAAUAUUCCAAACCCUGCUGUUUUCCUCAAUCACACUGGAUCAAGGCUCGCAUGAAUUGAUAUUGACGAAUCAGGGCGUGGAAGAGUACCUCGAUAUUGACUUUAUUACAUGGCAGACUAGUAUCGGGGGACUAAAUGAAAGCCUGACAGUUAACACCGUGCAAGAUACAGAUCCUUCGUUCACGUAUACGCCAUCGUUAGCUUGGUCCUCCAAUCCUGAGCAUUCGGAUUUCUACUUUGGAAGCACUGGACACUCGUCUGUCAAAUAUGGAUCAUUUAUGACGUACAAUUUUUCUGGGGAGGGGGUUUCGUUAUAUGGACCCGUUGGUCCAAAUUACGCAGCAUUUUCAGCCCAAUUAGACGACGGUCCAUUGGUAACCUCCACGGCUAUUAGGGCGAAUUUUGUACCCCAGGUUCUGCUCUAUCACGCCGACGGACUGGGAUCUGGGCAACAUGCACUGAAAGUGACGAUGCAGCCUUCGGACGAUGCCCAAGAGCUUGCUGUCGAUUUUGCCAAUGUCUAUACUACGUCUUCCGCGCAAUCUUCGUGGGUUGGCUGUAAGCUCCUAUGUAUACGUUUGCUGAAUUUUGACCUAGGAUUUCAACAACAUCACACGGGUGAACAAAUCAUGCUUUGUUAG